AUGGACGCACCAGAGGUCGAGAGAAUCCUAUCCUACGAGGCUGGGCCCGAAGUUGAAGAGUUCGCCAACGCCCUGGACGACUGCCUCGCUCCUCCUCUUGAACCCGCGGACAGACGAGAACGAAUCCUUGACCUCCCACGAAGAUACUACGAGAGUGCUCUGCGGCGACUGGCACAAGUACGGCCGCGCAUGGUGCGCGAUGGCGCCCAGGACGAUGUUGACAUGGACGGGGAUGAAGUCGAUGCUGCCACCAGCAAUCCCGCCUCAGCAGAGCUGAUCAAGCGCCUCGAACGGGAGGCACAGACCUGGGACCUUUUGCGCCGGCUGCUUCCGCUGAGAUAUUCAAGUUCUGAUGCGAAUCAGAUGGAUUUCGAUCAGAGCACCAAGACCCCACGAAAGGACCUACUCCGUGACUUUUUGGCUACAGAUCCAUCAGCGCGAGAACGACAGGCAGUUAUACAAUGGCUUCAGACAAACGCCGCUUCUGGUCCUGAUAUCGAUGAGCUUGCUCGCGAACUUCAACAGAACGCCGAUAGAGGUGAUAUCAUCGCUCACGGCUGGCUUCAUACACGAUCUUCCAUCAAGCUCAGAAAAAGCGUCACUGCCUGGCCGCAUCUGCUCGACCGUCAGUCACCAGCCGUUGCGACAUCAUUUCUCAAUGCUGAUGGCUCACCCCUCGUCACCCAGCUUGAUCCCGAUGCUGCGACUCGCCAGGGACGGAAGCUUGAGCCUCAGGAUGAAUACUUUGAGCGUGCCAUCUGGCUCGGCUGCUUCGAGCACCUCCGCCGUGGAUCUAACCUGGAGACUAUUCGCGAGUGGUGUCAGGAAAGGACAGAGAUGUGGCGGGCUAUCUCUACCUCUGCCGUCCUCCUGUCUACCGAUGAUAACCAGCAGCUACCUAUUACCAACCCAGCAUCCUUAGCUCUGUGGCGACGCAUGUGCUUCAGCUUGGCUCGAUCAGGCGGCUGUGACGACUAUGAGCGUGCAGUUUAUGGUGUUCUUUCUGGAGACAUUGCCAGCGUGGAAAAGGUGGCACUCACUUGGGACGAUUUCCUCUUUGCCAACUACAACGCCUUGUUACGCACCCAGUUGGAUACCUAUGUGCUUGGCCUAUGCCCAGCGAGCGUGGCUGCAGGAAUGACACAGUCAUUCCCUUCGUUUGAUGCUGUUCAGUACCACGGUGAUCCGGAAACCGUCGACAAGCGCCUCAUCCGCUCUCUCGAGACCAACCCACAGAUCCGUGACGAAGCACACGAACCCAGCAAAGCGCUUCAAGCAUCCCUGAUUUCGAAGGAGAUUGGGAACUAUCUGUAUGAGCAAGGACUGGUUAUCUCGGCCAGCGCAGACCACCACGAGUCGAAGCUUUACCGUUCAGAGCCCAAUGGCCUUGACCUGAACAAGGACAGGUUCUUUCACACAACCCAGCACUACGGACUGCGCAUCGUAGCGCACGUCUAUCUCCUCAUCACUCUGCUCGACAAGCUGAGCUCAAGGGAUGACUCUUUGGCUCCCCUGUCUUCACCCCCAGACUGUAGACGCUCCCAGGAAAACCUCAUCGCCGGUUAUGCCCAUUACUUGCGCCUGGCUCAGCUGCAAGAAUUAAUACCCCUUUACUGCUCGAUUCUCGAGGAGCCUCGGUCUUACGAGGUGCUCAGCUACAACCUCAUCCCCGAAAAAGACACUAAGCAGCGUCUGAUGCAGCUCCGGCUCAUCAAGAAGGCAGGCAUUGAUGUAUUCAAGUUUGUCAAGACGCAAGCAUGGCUCAUGUACGACGAUCUUGGCACACCCAAGAGCACGUUCCCUGCCAAGGAGUCUUUCAGCAUUAUUGCUCCUGGGCCGCCUACUUCGCGACGAGGCCGGCCUAUUAAGCCGGACUUUUUCGGCGAGGAUGAGACCCAGAUCGAGGCGACACACGAGAAUUUGAUUCGCUCCAUCGAAUGGCUUCUGCUCGUCCAAGAGACGUGGCCCAAUGUGUUUUCCAUGGGAACCAAGGUGUACAAGUACUUUUUGCGCAAUCUUCACCUCAAUGCUGCUCGCCAGUUGAUGAGGAGAGUAUCUUUUGCAGAUGUCCUGCAAGCCGCCACUGAAGAUGAUAGUGCGGAAGCAGGCUGGUUCGAGGACACCCCCGAGUUCUGGGCUAAGCAUCUGGACCGGAGAGGUAUUCUCGAUGUGACCCCUGAUCAAGUGGCCUCAGAUGCCCGAAAGUUUAGAGAACUGGAGGCUUUGGUACGAGCUCUUGAUAGCCUGGAGACGGUCGCUUCUUUCUCUGAGCUCACGAACGAGGAGAGUGUCAAGUCCCGUGAGUUCUGGGCUUCGAUUGGGGAGGAGGUCAAGAAUUCAAAGGAGAUGAUGCAGCCACUGCUCAACAACUGGCUCCUCGUGGGCAUCGAGGAAGGUGAUGAGGAGCUCCGCGACCUCCGCAAGGCCUAUCUCCCCGAGACGAUCCUGGCCUACAUCAGCUCGCUGCACUUUGCUGGCACCGGUUUGUCGCGAGACAACCUGCUGGAGUGUAUGGAGCUAGCUGCCAUCAUUGCGGAGCGCAGCUCUGAUCUGUCGAUAAGCUUCAUGGAUGCGGGCCGUAUGAAGGAACUAGUUGAGGCUUUCGCGGCGGUCAGCAAGGCCCUGGCCAUCAGCACCGGAGAGAAGAGGGCGACUGGCGCGAGCAGCAAGAAGCUUCGCGAGAUGGGAUGGUCACGGGAUCUGUGGUCGGUGAAGCAUUGA